AAAUUUCGAGUGCGUUGUGAUAACGUAAUUGCAUAGAAAAUUAAGUGAUAUUUUAAUCGAUUAUAUCGUUUUUCUUUAAGAAGCGCUGAGAUUUUUAAGACGUCUUGGCAGGUGGUAAACUCUUGCACUCUUACUUUUGUUGAUUGUUAUGAAUGUUACAAGAGGCUAUCUAAAUUAAUUACAAGUGAAUCCAUAUUAAUUCGAUAUUAUGGCAGAUCGCCUAACGCAAUUGCAAGACACCAUAAACCAGCAAGCGGAACACUUUUGCAACAGCGUUGGUAUUCUACAACAAUAUUCUACGCCCAGUAAAUUUCCUGGUUUUGAUCGCAUUGGUACCCCACAGCCACAUCAAUCUCAAGAAGAUUAUGCUGCCUUAUUUGCAAAUCUUAUUGCAAGGUGUGCCAAAGAUAUAGAUACAUUAAUAGAGAGUUUGCCAAGCGAGGAAUCGUCACAGGAGCUACAAGUAGCCAGCCUUAGCAGACUAGAACAAGAGAAUCAACAAGCUGGUGAGCAACUGGAAGAAGUGGUAAGACAAGGCGAGACACUUCUUCAGCGAAUUCAAGCAGCUCUACAAGAUAUUGCGCAAAGUCAAUUAGAUAUGCAGAAUCCCACGUCGACGACUGUGAUCAAUAUGAAUCUUAGCAAUUCUAAUAUAAAACAAGAAAGCCUCAGUUCUAUAAAUACCGUGUCCUCAAAUAAUACACAUCAACUAUCAGAUCCUUCACCUAAUUCAAUAAAUCAAUGACAUAUUUAUGAUUUAUUGUAAGCUGUUAUAUUUAUUGUUUGCUAGAGACUUAAAAUUUUAAAACAUUUUGACAGUCUGUAAAAUCAAAUCAGUAUAUGAAUUUCAUGUAUCAAA